UAUACGACAUGCCGAAAAUGACAUCGGAGAGUACAAUAAGAAGAUUGUCAGGAUUAUUUGCUAGUUUCGGGGUUCCAGAGAUCUUAGUGACCGACAAUGGUACUCAGUUUAUGUCAUCCGCCUUCAAACGCUUUUGCAGUGAAAAUGGCAUAUUGCAUCUACAAUCUCCUCCGUACCAUCCUCAGUCGAAUGGCCAGGCAGAAAGAUUCGUGGAUACGAUUAAAAGAGCUCUGGUCAAAGGGGGAGGUGAGGGUAUCCCGGAACAAGUGAUUAAUAAGUUCUUGAUGUCUUACAGAGUUACCCCUAAUCCGACAGUGCCAGAAGGAAAGUCUCCAGCCGAGUGUAUGUUCGGAAGGAAAAUCCGGACAGUUCUUAACAGUAUGUUGCCGCCCAGAAAGACAAAUAAACCCACGAAUGAAAAUCGUAAGGUCAAUCGUAGCUUCCAGGUGGGUGAAAAGGUACUUGUCAGAUCGUAUCAAGGUAAUAGGAAGUGGGAACCAGGUGUCAUAGAACGUCGAAUCGGAAAUGUGCUGUACCUAGUCCGGAAAGAUGUCGAGAAAUGCAUAAGACAUAUAAAUCAAAUGCAAAGAAAUGAUAGUACAGUGGUCACAGAAAACCGGCUUCCAUUUCAAUUGCUCGUAGAUUCAUCUCAGAAGAACCGUCAUGAGAGCAAAUAUCGAAAAGACAAACGACGCAAAGAGAAAGCUGUACAACCCUCGAGAGUGAUGGACCGCAAGAGGAAUGCGACACCCAAGCUUCAGGUGGAUCCAAGAAAAAAAUCUUACACAACGGACUUAAAAGUGGGGAGGUGUGACGACGGACCACCGGUGAACUCGAGGAAGCUGUAAGAGGCUCAGAAGGAGCCGAAGACGUUCCAUCCAAUCACCUUUCGGAAGAAUGUUCUAGAAUUCCAACGCGUAGCUUCCCCAUUGGAUAAUGCUAAUAACCCCCUGUACGCGGAUUGGAAGACUGUAAUGAUGAUUUCGUUCUCACUAAAAAC